CCUCCCGAUGCGUCAUUCUGGGAUAGGCUGCGAGCAGUCGAGCAACGCAGUCAGUCACGGGGUUUCGGCUGGUUACCUACGCGUUCUCCGAACGGGACCCCCAAGCAGGAGAAAGUAGCCUUGCCCAUCGCCCAGGUUUAGGCUCUGGGAUUAAAGUGGUCGCCAGUCCCACAGCUUUCGUCGAAACUGCCAGUGGGGAUUCAUGCUGUGUGUGUUAGCUAAAUGCGGUACGAAGCUAAAAUGAUGCCGAUGUUCCUGACAGUAUACCUCAGUAACAAUGACCAACAUUUUACUGAGGUUCCCGUUACACCGGAGACGCUGUGCCGGGAUGUGGUGGAGUUGUGCAAGGAGGCGGGGGAGACAGACUGCCACCUAUCUGAGAUGUGGCGUGGAUCCGAGCGAGCCGUAGGUGACAGGGAGAGGAUGCUGGAUCUGCUCCAACAAUGGGGACAACACAGGGCAGAGGUGCGCUUCUUUCUGCGACACAAUCGAGCCCCUAGCAGGGAAUCGGGUGGGUCAAGAGGCUCAGAACCAAAGAGGAAUGGAGUGAAGGGUCCUCCAGACAGAAGAAUGGAGAAUGGGGUGGUGACACCCCGGAUGGACAUGACACUGGCCGAACUACAAGAGAUGGCUGCCAGACAGCAGCAACAGAUAGAAUCUCAACAAGAACUCCUUGCUUCCAAGGAGCAGAGGCUGCGCUACUUGAAGCAGCAGGAGCAGCGUCAGCAGCAGCAGGCAUCUGAGCAGGAGAAGCUGCAGCGCCUUCGAGAGAACAUUGAGAACCAGGAAACUCGGCUCAAGAAGGUCCGCGCCCUUAAGGGCCAGGUGGAGCAGAAGCGCCUCAGCAACGGCAAACUGGUGGAGGAGAUAGAGCAGAUGAAUAACCUGUUCCAGCAGAAGCAGAGAGAACUAGUGAUGGCUGCAUCCAAGGUGGAGGAGCUCAACCGGCAGCUGGAGUUGCUCAAAAAUGGCAAAAUGGACAACUUCCAAGACAACCAGAGCUCUGUGGCUGAACUAGACCGCCUCUACAAGGAGCUACAGCUGAGGAACAAGCUCAACCAAGAUCAAAACUCUAAGCUGCAGCAGCAGAGAGAGAGCCUGAACAAGCGCAACCUGGAGGUGGUUUCCAUGGACAAACGGAUCAGUGAGCUCCGAGAUCGGCUGUGGAAGAAGAAGGCAGCGCUGCAGCAGAAAGAGAACUUGCCUAAUGGCUAUCCUGGUAAAGAGAGGGCUUCAAAAGACACUCAUCUUCAGCUGCCCUCUGAUGGCCAAGCCGGGCAGCAGUCAGGUCCAUCUCGUGUGGCAGCAGUUGGCCCAUACAUCCAGUCGUCCACAAUGCCCCGGGGCCCAGUGAGGCACGACCUGCUUGUAAAACCAGCCUACCCAGACGGCACUGCCACUCUUCCAGCCUACGACCCGCAGAGCAAGGCUGGCACAGGCCUUCAGCCAUCCAAGCUGUCAGACUUUGGCUCUUCAAGUCCAGAAUUCAAAACAAACGGUCAUGGUUCAUCUUCAACACUGCCACGAAUGACCUCUCACUCCACCUCUAACACAGAACAAGAUGAGACGGAACUGAAGAAGGACAGGAGGGUGCGUCCCGUUUCUAUGUUUGAGCCAACAGAGGCUCCCACCACUUCCCUCCGCAAAAACCAGAGCAGUGAUGACCUGGUCAGGGACGCUCAGUCUGCUCCCAAGGCUCCAGUCAAGGUGCCUCCACCUGUGCCCACCAAACCUAAAGGCCCUGGUGUCAUGCCCUAUGGCAAACCAAGCCUCAACACAGGCACCUUCCCCAAAACCAAGCCCAAUAGCCAGCAGCCCCUGGCUGCCCAGGGUCGCAGCCCUCUCCCACCCUCACAGAGCCAGACACUCCCACUACCUUCUAAGCAAGACAUUCCACCUGCAGCCACGGUACGGCCGUUCACCCCAGAGCUGCCCUCCUCCAAAGACCCCAACCUGAGCAAGCCGCAGACCUUAGCGGCCAGUUCCAUUUACUCCAUGUACACACAACAGCCUGGCUCGGGGAAGCCCUUCCUGCCAAUUGUGCAGGGUGCUCUCAACAGGUCUCAGAGCCGCACCAAUGGAUUUAUCAGUGUGUACGGUAAACCAGUGAUCCCCAGUGGAGGCUCCCCACAUCCAGAGAACCCUUACCUGGAGCGUCAAUCCCCUUCCCUAGACUCUGAGGUAAAUGGAGCCAACAACGUGGGUCACAGCUCAACUGACGGCCCUCAACCAGAAACGGAGCGCAUCCCACGGCCCCUCAGCCCCACCAAGCUGCUUCCCUUCAUUUCAAAUCCCUACAGGCAUCAGAGUGAUGGUGACCUGGAAGCCCUGAGAAAGAAGCUCUACAAUGCCCCGAGGCCCCUGAAGAAACGCAGCUCCAUCACUGAACCAGAGGGGCCUGCAGGGCCCAACAUUCAGAAACUCCUCUACCAGAAGACCACACUGGCAGCUAUGGAGACCACUGUGACUACACCAACUACUCCCGCCUAUGCUGGUGAAGCAGAGAAGUCGCCGGAGGGAUCUGUGGGGCCACUCGUUCCAAGCCCUCUGAGUGGGGCCGAGAACCACCCAUCACAGACAGGACAGACUCUGGAAGGUCCUGGUCACAUCCCAGGUCCUAAUGUCCACGUUCCAGCCCCUGCUGAACAGACCAAACCACCUUCAGCCAUCCCAGAGAGAGAAGACAUUGUCCCCCCUCCUCCCCCAUCCCACCCAGCUCCCAAACCAGAUGACACUCUUUUCCCACCACCACCACCACCUGCUGGCUUGGAGGACGUAAUGCCCAACCUGCCCCCUCCACCUCCAGAGGGCUUCCUGGAAGAGUUCCCCCCCUAUCCACCACCCCCAUACCCCAGUGGAGCAGAGCAGGACAGCUUGGGAGAGGACACGUUUAACAUGAAGGCUCCUGAGGUCACUGGCCAGGUCACUCUGCCACCGGGAAAGAGGACCAACUUGCGCAAGCCUAACUCUGAACGCAUCGAUCACAGCAUGCGAGUGAAGUUCAACCCACUGGCUCUGCUGCUGGACUCCUCCCUGGAAGGAGAGUAUGACCUGGUCCAGAGAAUCAUCUAUGAAGUGGAGGAUCCCAGUCAGCCCAACGAUGAAGGCAUCACUGCUCUACACAAUGCUGUCUGUGCCGGACAUACAGAGAUUGUUAAGUUCCUGGUUCAAUUCGGUGUCAAUGUCAAUGCUGCUGACAGUGACGGCUGGACACCUCUCCACUGUGCUGCAUCCUGCAACAAUGUGCAAGUGUGCAAGUUCCUGGUGGAGUCUGGCGCCGCAGUGUUUGCUAUGACUUACAGCGACAUGCAAACGGCAGCUGAUAAAUGUGAAGAGAUGGAGGACGGCUACACCCAGUGCUCUCAGUUCCUCUAUGGUGUGCAAGAGAAGAUGGGCAUCAUGAACAGGGGAGUGGUCUACGGUCUGUGGGACUACAGUGGUGAAAACCCUGAUGAACUGCCAUUCCGUGAGGGAGACUGCAUGACCAUAGUCCGCAGAGAAGACGAGGACGAGAUUGAAUGGUGGUGGGCACGCAUGGGCGACACUGAGGGUUACAUUCCCCGCAACCUCCUCGGGCUGUACCCCAGAAUAAAGCCAAGACAGAGAACCCUUGCUUAAAACACAAAGUUCCCUGCACAUUCCAGUCCGCCAGAACUCUCCAAAACACACACACAUACACACACACGCUUUAACAGACUGGGCAAGAGGAGGACACUGCUAAAAAUGAAUAGACAAGGACAGACCAAACAAUAUGAAGGAUCAACUAUGAACUCUUUUUGGCACUUUUUUCUUUAUGUACAACAGAGGGAUUCUCCCUCACUUAUUUUUCCAGGCCACACUGUGUCCUGUGUAAUUCAGACACAGUUGGCAUUGUUUUUCCUUUAUUCCACAGUUUUUGUUGUUUUUGUAAUUAGUGUGAUACUAUUUCUAAAGUGACAGAAACUCCAAUGUUGGGAUGUAAAUGGAAGAAUCAGCAUUUCUAUUGCUAGAAAGUGAUUAUUACACUUUUCAAUAGUCUUUUAAAACUUGUUUUCUGGGCUACUGGUUAUUUUCUAACACACUUGGGGCUCUGCAUUGCAUGAGAUGAAUGAGUGGAGGAUGACAACGGUGCUUUUGAAUUGCUCUGUUACAAGCUGUGGGUUCUUGUUUCUCGUCAUAUGUGUUGAGUGACUGCACCUCUGGAACUGCAGUUUAGGUGUAAAGUUUUAGUUGUGACCACCAGAAUUGAAAUUAUUGGUGGAUGAAGGUUUUGAGUGAUGUAUUGCUGUUCAUUCUGUGGUCUAUGAUACCCAGGAAACCAGUUUGUUUUACAUCAUUGGCACAUGGUUGAGAUGCCAUAGAUACCGUCUACACAUGUUUUUCUAUCACAAAAACUAGUGAAAUAUUACUGUUGGAAAGAUAUUCUUAUGAAAAUGGACUUCAAACUCCUAAGAGGCGCUUUGACAAAAGAAAAGUCAUACAGUAUGAAUUUUAUUUUUAUUACAGCCAUUUCAUGACAACACAAUAAUGUAAAAAGGCAAGCCUUGACUUUUUGUAGUUAUCCAUAAGAGAUGACACACUAUAUUGUAAAGUCACACAAUUUCAGAUAGUCAAAUAAAAAAAUAAAGAUGGAACUUACAGUUCCCAAAAUUCAACUCAUCACAUAUCUGUCAAUGCAGAUGUAUUUAUUUUUGUUACCUUUUUUCUUUAGCCCUUUUGUCUGAACUAUAACCACAAAUGUACUGUAGUAUUUCAAACCUUUGCAAUAAAAUACUUUGUACCAAG